AUGCGGCAGCUCAGCGGCCCCAAGAUCUACAAGAUUUUGCCGUGCUGGAAGGACGAGGCUGAGGUGGAGACCAUAAAGCGCUUGCCGCAGAGUGUCCAUAGUUCCUUGCGCUCAAGUGUUAUUCUGUCUGACCUGCCAAGGGUUAUUGAGGAGUUGGUAUAUAAUAGCAUUGAUGCGAAUGCGAGUAAGAUUGACAUUGGAGUAAACAUCAGAACUUGUUAUGUAAAAGUGGAAGAUAAUGGUUGUGGUAUUACACGAGAUGAAUUGGUUCUCUUGGGAGAAAAAUAUACAACAUCCAAAUUUCAUAAUGUGAUGGUUGACAAGGAGCUCAGUUCUAGAAGUUUUGGACUAAAUGGAGAAGCACUCGCAUCACUUUCUGAUAUCUCUGUGGUUGAAGUCAGGACGAAAGCUCGUGGGAGACCAAAUUCAUAUUGCAAGAUAAUAAAGGGAUCUAAAUGCUUACAUCUGGGGAUAGAUGACAAGAGGGAAGUUGUCGGCACCACUGUUGUUGUUCGGGAGCUUUUUUACAAUCAACCAGUACGGAGGAAACAAAUACAAUCUAGUGAGAAAAGAGAACUACAUCAUGUGAAGAAGUGUGUCCUGCAAAUUGCGCUUAUUCAUCCACAGAUUUCACUCAGACUCCUUGAUAUUGACAGUGAAGAUGAAUUGCUAUACACAACCUUUUCGUCAUCCCCUUUGCCUCUUAUAUCAAAAAAUUGGGGGGAUGAUGUCUCCAGAUGUCUCCAUGAGAUAACUGCCUCUGACCAGGGCUGGGUUCUUUCAGGUCACAUAUCUGGACCUGCAGAUGUGUUUUGUACGAAGAGCAGGAAGAGGCAGAAGACUGAUAUCUACCCUGCUUUUAUACUAAACUUUUACUGCCCUAGAUCCAGCUAUGAUCUACAUUUUGAGCCUACAAAAACCAUUGUGGAAUUCAAGGAUUGGCGAACUGUCUUGCUUUUCUUUGAACAAACUGUCACAAACUACUGGAAGAAGCAUCAACUGCAAUCACCAAAAGAUGGAGCUUGUGCUAAUGGUACCCAUGUGCCUCACAAAAAUCAUGUGAAAUUGAAUAUGGGCAUCCUGAAAGAUCAUAAUGUGCAGAACGAGAAGGAGUAUGCUGACUUCGAAAGCACUCAGCAGAAGAAUGCAGUCAGAGACACCAACAGUGAUAUGAGUUCCACAAGAGCAACAAGAAAUUCACGCUGCUUUUCUUUUGUUUUGGAGCCAUCCAUUCAGAAUGUCUGUUUCUCUGGAAGGAUCACUAAUUCAAGCCGCCCGAAUGACAAUGUUGCCAGUAUUGAUUACAAGUUAGGGUAUAAGCAAAUGCAUUCUCCUGAAAGUGGCAGUUAUAAGUGGUUAGACGAUGGCCCUUCCCAGUUAGAUGAUGAUAUUUCAAGUGUUAGCCCAACUUGUUGGAAAAGGCAAAGGACAGAAGGUAUAUUCCAUGAGUAUGCAUAUUCUGGUAAUCUUGGAAUGCUGGAAGAUGUGCCAACUGAAGGUUUUUUCGCUCACAAACAAGAGUCUGAGCUGAUUGGUCCAGAAGUUGAAAUACCAGAAUCUUGCUUCAGGGCUCUCAAUAGGCCAAACGGAAUGAUGUCUGAUUUUGUGCAAUAUAAAACCAACUUAAAAGCACAAACCUCAGGCUGGGAUGGAUUAUAUGACAAGUUUGAUAAAUUAAAUGGGGAUUGCUUCAAUGAAGCCACAGAAACAAUCACUGAUAUUUCUUACCCAGAGAUGUUACAGUUCAGUAAUGGAUUUUAUCAUGAUGGUAGCACUUCCAGGGGCUGCUGUAGAGUUUUGAGAAAGUUCAGAGCCAGUAAGAAGUUGGGGACUGCAGCUGGAUGUGUUGAAGUGCUAGAGGCUGAUGCUAUUAACCAGAUGAAUUUCCCUGAUAUUCAUGCUCUGUGGAACAGUGACUUGAUAGAUAGGUCCUCCAACAAGGAUACUUUAAAUCAUUUUCCUCAUCCAUCCUUGUUGGCUGAUACGCCUUGCAGUCAUCCAAGGACCUUGCACACACUUAACAGGAAAUCAGAUAAAUGCUUUAGUUCUUGGAAAUGUGAAAAUGUUGACAGCAAUGUUAGAUUUGAUUCGGACAGAUUUAGCAAUGAUUCGUCUAUAAUAUUUGAAGGAACUAAACAUUUCGAUAACUUUGACAAUGAAAUACAGCCGCUUAAUUACUUCAAUAAUAAGUGUGGUUCAACCGACCAGCUUGGUUCUGAAGAAGACCUGAUAACUUGGAAAUCAAAAUUCGACAAGAGGUUGUCAGUCAAUAUUUCUCCUGAGAGAAGUGAUAAUGGUCGCCGUUUGAAUGUUCCUUCUUCGAAUAUGGCAAAUGGCAGCCUGCUUACUCAAGAUCUGCUGAAUCAACACAACUCUGGACUAAAUCAGAGACCCAGGACUUCCAAGGGUAGUAGAUUUAGGAGUCAUUCUGCUCCACCAUUUUAUAGAGGGAAACUAAAAUUCUCUAGAUUAAAUGUGCCACUGAGCAAACCGAUCACAGAUAGCGAUAAAGAUAUUUGCAUCAAUAACCCCGAAGACAAUGCACCUGCACCUGUGGAUAUCUCAUGUAUGAGUUCAACCCAGCCUGUUCCUGAGACUGAUAGCGGUGAUUUUCCAGACUUAAAUUUCAGCUCAAACAGAUUUGUGAAAAUGUCUGAAGUUGCAUGUUCUGAUGGGAUUGAGGACUCCACUGCUCAAAUAACUAAAUGGCGAGAUGACCCUGUCCAGCAUACAGCUUUGAACUUGCCACAUGGUCCUGUUGGAUGCUAUGAUGAUAUACUUAGCAUUUCUUCUGGAACCUUACAUCUCUCUUGUAACCCGCUAAUUCCUGAAUGUGUUGACAAGAACUGCUUUGAGGAGGCAAGGGUUUUGUUGCAGCUGGACAAGAAAUUUAUUCCCGUCAUAUCUGGGGAAACUAUCCUCCUUGUCGAUCAGCAUGCAGCUGAUGAAAGGAUACGUUUAGAGGAGCUCCGUAGGAAGGUUUUAUCAGAAGAAGGACAUGAAGUUAGUUACUUGGACUCUGAGGAGGAAUUGUCUCUCCCUGAGACUGGGUUUCAACUAUUCCAGAAGUAUGCUGAGCAGAUUCAGAAAUGGGGCUGGAUCAUCAGCAGCGGGAGCUAUUCAUCGGAAUCAUUCAAAAAGAACAUGAACAUUCUGAAGAGACAAGUCCGUCUUGUUACUCUUGUUGCUGUUCCAUGUAUUUUGGGUGUCAAAUUGACUGGGAAAGAUCUCAUGGAGUUUAUUUGGCAGCUUGAUGAGACUGAUGGAUCGUCAGAUAUCCCCCCAGCAGUUCUCCGUAUUCUUAACUUCAAAGCUUGCAGAGGGGCGAUCAUGUUUGGCGACUCCUUACUACCAUCUGAGUGCUGUCUGAUUAUUGAAGAACUGAAAGCAACAUCUCUAUGCUUCCAGUGUGCUCAUGGGCGCCCAACCACUGUGCCCAUCUUGAACGUCGCAUCCCUCCACGAUGAGCUGGCGAGGCUCCAAAUGCUGAGUGGAACGCAGGCAGAGACCUGGCACGGCUUGGGGCACCAUGAACCCAGCCUUGAGCGUGCUCAGAUGCGCCUCGAACGACUGAGAAAGCUACGCCGGGGCCAGUAG